UUUCGUGCGAAGUUUUGUUUUCACCAGCGUGCUAGUGUUGUUGUGAACAAUUGAGUAAUAAUCGACUAUGCGUACCUCCGUGUGCCUAGAAUCGAAGCUGCGGACGCCCGCCUUGUAAACGGAGGAGUUCAACAAUGUGGUGUGCCAUAGGUCAACAGCCACCGAGGUUGCUUCGAUCUGGACUGUAAUGCAAGAUGAAUCCUGAAGACCAGGCUCGUCUCAAAGCCAAAAAGAGGACGGGUUCAACAGCCGGUGCUCCUGAUGUCAAGAAGCCAAAGCAUGCAAAGGAGGGGGGGGACCGCUUCUGCUGGAUAUGCCACCGAGAACCGUCGACGCUGUGGUGCGUCACGUGUCCGCGCAGCUACCACGCCUCGUGCGUCAACCUCAAAUUCAAGAACCUUACCGACUGGGUCUGCCCCGAAUGUGUGCGCAUCAUGGCGGCCGAGAACGUGGACACGCGCUCUCCUUCUCUCUCCUUCCUCACAGUGGACGAGUUCUGCAGCCUGCUUCAGUUUGCCGUUCAGAGACUUAAGAAGCACACUCACGAAGCAUUCUUGAAGCCUGUCUGCACAAAGACGUACACAGCGUACACGGAUUAUGUCAGUAACCCCUUUGACCUCAGCAUACUUGAAAAGAAUGUGAGGUGGAAGCAUUAUGGCUGUACAGAAGCCUUUCUCAGCGACGCCCGAUGGAUUUAUCACAACUGUAUUGUAUUUAACGGAUAUAACCAUAGGCUUUCCAUGAGUGCCAAGACACUGAUGAAGGUGUGUAAGCAGGAGAUGGAAGAGAUUGAACUGUGUCCAGACUGCUACAGGAGCGUCAAUACUCAGGAGUCGUGGUUCACAGAACCAUGUAGAAGACCUCAUGUUCUGGUUUGGGCAAAAUUGAAAGGAUUUCCCUAUUGGCCAGCAAAGGUAAUGCGCCUUCAAGAUGGUAAUGUUGAUGCAAGGUUUUUUGGUGCCCAUGAUAGGGCAUGGGUCCCCAUGGCCCAGUGCUUUCUGCUCUCCAAGGAGUCCCCGACGGACAUCAAGAAUCGAAAGAAGGGCCUCCACAAUGCCGUUGAGGAGCUGGAAAUCUACAUUCGGAAGUAUCGCGAGAAGUUUGGCGAGUAUCGCUACAGCGCGCCCCGAACACCACUGACGGCUGAAGACUUUCAAUGCUCUCAGGCAUCACCCCCGCCAAUGAAACAGCAGCAGCAACAGGAUCAACAGAAGGAGAAGGAGAGUGAAACAUCAAGCAAGUCUCCGAAAAUGGCAGAGGACAGUGAGCUUAGUUCAGCUCCAUCAUUGGAUCCUCCUGAGAAGGACUUGCAGAGCGACACGAACAGCUCAUUGAAAGACAAGUCCGCCGCUAGUCCGGCGAAGGACUCUCUGAGCAGCACGCCAAACUCGUCGAGGUACAAGUCCGUGACCAGUUCAGCGAGUUCAACUCCUUCGAGGGUAGAAUUCAGGAAGGAGAGCGAGCUCAUAACGCCGCUGCUAACGAGCAAGAAGGAGGGGUCGAAAAAGGAGAAGGGGGCACUACCGCCGCUUCCUGAUGGUGCACCGCAGGGAAUCUUCGAGGUCAGUUCCGAGCUGCCCGGAGAGCUGCAGAUGAAAGUCUCCAAAGAGGACAUGGAGGACAUUCCAAAGAAGCUCAAUCGCAAGUUCGAAAUCUUGAACAGUGCAGUGAAGAAGAUCGAGCGCUCCAUCAGCACAGAUGGCAGUGGUUCCACGCCGGUUGCCGAAAACGAGAAGAGCGGUGCCGAUCGAAUCGUGGCUUCGGCAACCGGCGGCAUCCCAAAGAGCGGUCAGAGCCCGUCGUCGUGCGAGGUCUCGAGCACGACCGUCACGACAGACCAGGGUGAGGUGCCGUCCAGCCAGUUUGCCGCGAAAGAGGUGCCCUCCGCCGAAGAGCAUCCUUUAGCUCCGGCUGAUGAUUUCCAAGAGAAGCUUAAAAAGACCAUCCUCUCUAUCAAGGAGAAGGUUGGAGGCGCCACCACACUUCUAGAGGAGCCAGCUGAUGAAGACGAAGAUAUGGAGGAAGAGGAGGAUGAAGUGGAUGAGGAGGCAGAUGACGAGGAAGACGAAGAGGAGGAAGGAGCAGCGGCGGAAGAAAAGGCAGUGGACACCAGGCAAACCAAGGAGAAAAGCCCUGACAACUCUUCUCCGCAAGAACCUCAGCAGGCAGAGAAGGGCGUAGCCGAGCCCGAAGGCAGAAAGUCGCCGCUGAAGCCGCUGAAAGCAGCCGCUACUGCGGAAGAAAAAUCAAGCCUUGCGGAGCAGUCAGAAAAACUUGUUCCAUCCGCGGACACUGUAGACAAGGAAGAGGAGACUGUGAAAGCGUCGAAAACGAUAGGACGUGCCAAGAUGAAAUUCACUACCAAACGAAGUGACAUAGACACUCCGUCAUCACAGCCCCCUUCAAGUGGAACUACCACGCCAACCGGGGAGUCGUGUACAGAGCAGGCAUCCGACAUUGUACAGAAAACUGCCGAAAACAUUAAGCGCAUUAGAGAAGAAUGCGAGAAAGAGAUGAAGGAAUACCACCACAUUCUUGCACUGACGUUAAAGGAAAUGAGAAUAUGCUUGGAUCUCGAGCAUAAGAAAACAAGGGCAUCUCUUACUGAGAAACAUACAGUAGACAUGGCUGCUGCUAUAGCAGAGACAAAGCGAAAACAGUGGUGUGCCAACUGCUGGAAAGAAGCCGUGUUGUACUGUUGUUGGAACACCUGCUAUUGCGACUACCCCUGCCAGCAAGCUCACUGGCCGAAGCACAUAUCAAGCUGUACCCAGGCCAGUAGUGCAAACCAGCAAACUGUCGUGAACAAUGGUCCUGCCCCCGGAGAGGUCACUCUCGCUGCCGCCAAAGGAACCACUUCCAUAUUGAUGCCUGCGGGCGGCUUCCCUGCCUCUACCCAUACUAUGGGAGGCCUUCCGUUUGACCCUGUUGAAUAAACGUCUUUUUCUGUACA